GGGAGGAGGAGGAGGGAGUAAAGCCGAGAGAGGAGACGGGAGAGAGACACCACACACACGGCACAAGAUGGCCGGAGAGGCAGCAGCACUGCGAGCUGUCAGGCGUUCCUCCGCGGCCGCGGUGCCCGCCGGUCGGCGGGGAGCUGCGCCCGGGAGGCCCGCAGGCUCGCGGGAACCCAGCGGCUGCGGAUGGGGCGAGGCGGGCCGCGGGUCGGGCUGGGAGCCCCCCGGCAGAGACGCCCGGGGCAGCCGGGCCCACGACGCGGAAAGCGCCGCUGCGGCAGCGGCUGCGGAGGCUCCUCGGGGCCCCGGCGGCUCGACCUGGUACGGGCGGGAGGCUCGGGUAGGCGGCCCGGCGCGGGACUCGGGCGUGAGUGACCAAGGGGUGCCGACAGCGGCGCUCGGACCCGGCAACUUACAAGAUUAAAAUUAAAUUUGGUUGAUGAUGGUUCUGGACAAAUACAGCUCUUUUAUUUGAGGUAUGCCAUUUUGAAGACAGACCCGUGGAAUUUUAUCCUUGAGGAUAGGGGAAAUCUUUGUGAAAGUCUGUAUUUUAUAAAGCAACAAUAUGAAUCCUGAGGCUGAAUUGUCUAAGGGGCCUGUACAGCGAAAUAGAUCACCCAGUCAGCUUGAAGAGUCUCAAAUGGACCCUACAACUGAGAAAUCAAGAUGGCAGUCCACUAUGGGAAAUGAGAAAAAUGGACUAAUGCAAGAGUGCUGUGAUAAUAACAACCAAGACAGGGUUCUUUUAACAUGGAUUUCAUGAAUGAAGAUAUAGGUUUCUUAACCAACACAAUGGACAGUGGAUUUGACUUUGGAAAGACUUUUUGUAUCAUAAAAACAAGAACAUUUUUGACAUUUGGAGAAGAAAGAUGACAUAUUAACAGAUGAUAGUUUGUAUGUCUGGAAUUUUUUGGUUUGAUUUGUAUGAGAAUGACCUUGUGGAAUGUUAACUUUAAUAAAAUUUCUAACAGUUUAAAAUUU